AUGCAUUUCACUACUCUCGUUGGUGUCGCCGCUGUGCUGGCUGAGUCCGCCUCGGCCCACUACAUCUUCAGCAAGCUCGUUGUGAACAACCAGGUCUCCAACGACUGGGAGUACAUCCGCCAGACCACCCGUCAGGUGAACUACUACCCUACCAAGUUCUACAAGACCUUCGACAACCUCACCCCCAACGACAACGACUUCCGUUGCAACUUGGGCUCCUUCCAGAAUGCUGGCAAGACCAAGGUUGCCACUGUUGCCGCUGGCGACACUCUUGGCAUGAAGCUCUUCUACGACGCCAAGGUCCAGCACCCCGGUCCCGGUCAAGUGUGGAUGUCCAAGGCUCCUUCCGGCAACGUUAAGGAGUACGAGGGUGACGGCGAAUGGUUCAAGAUCUGGGAGAAGACCCUUUGCAACGAGAACGGUGAUCUCACCAAGGACGCCUGGUGCACCUACGGCAUGGACCGCUUCGAGUUCCAGAUCCCCAAGGACACUCCUGCCGGCGAGUACCUUGUUCGUGCUGAGCACAUGGGUCUCCACGGUGCUCAGGCCAACGAGGCCGAGUUCUACUACAGCUGCGCUCAGGUCAAGGUGACCGGUGACGGCAACGGCGCUCCCGCCCAGACCUAUAAGAUCCCCGGUCUGUACAACGACAACAUGGUUCUCUUCAACGGUCUCAACCUGUGGGUCGACAAGGCUGCCCAAAUCAACGCCGAUAUUGCCAAGACCCCCAUCGGUGAUGCUCCCUGGACUGGCGGUGGUAGCGCCCAGCAGUCCAGCAGCGGCAACGACAAGAACCAGAACCAGAACCAGAACCAGAACCAGAACCAGAACCAGAACCAGAAUCAGAACCAGGGUGCUUCUGCUCCCUCUAACGGUAACUCCUGGAACUCCUGGAACCCCUGGAGCAAGCAGAACGCUGCUGCUCAGGGCUCUGACGCCACUCACACCGAUGCCAAUUGCAACGGCGGCAUGCACUAA